AUGUCUAUCAUGGAGCUCCACUAUCAAGUCUCGAAAUGUGUGGCCCAAAUGGACCGCAACGAGACAAAGAUUGACGGCCUAGCCAAAGGCAUUGAUUUCUACGACGAGAAGCUCGACAAGAUAGAGGCCCGUUUAAAGAGCAUUGCCAACUUCCUACAUCUUGGCUCUGGAGCCGGAGAGACCAGGCACCCAAGACAAGCAGAGGGUGUGAGCUUCGCCUUGGAGUCCCGGAACUCCAGCAAAGAGCCUGCCACGGUUCGAGAGGAGAGCGAGUUCAAGUCUGAUGGAUCGACUCCCAUGCUAAACGAGCCGCCUUCAUUGGAUGAUGCUAACCAUUCACCAAGCAGAGCGGAUAAAGGCCCCUUUGGGGAGCAGGUGCCACUGGUCCAGCUAUUGCAAACCCAGCAAGGCUUGCUGGAAGCCAUGAAGGCCUAUUCGGCCCAGGUGGACGACAUGCAGCAGGUCUCGAAACAGAAGUUGGUGGAGAUGACCUUGCAGCUACAAGAAGCAAAUGUCAGGGUUUUAAGUGCUCUCAUGGCUGGCUGA